AUGACGAGUGCGACCCAAGGCCCUAUACCUAUCGCACGGGGCGGCGAUGGCAUUGAUAAAACCACUAGCGAUUCCUCCGUGUCCGCCCGCCCCGGCGGCAGCGCCGGCAGCUAUCUCGGGCUGAGCGGCUCGCUGGGCGGCAGCAGCAGUUUCCGUGAAUCGAUGGCGCUCUCGUUCGGAAAGGACGUCGCCGAUCUGCUGGAAUAUUCAAUUGGGCGCUUCUCGUCCUCGACCGAUUCCGAGGCGACGGUCGCCGCGCCGUCGUCCGUCCGCCUGGAGUCGACCUUCUGCCGCAACUUUACGUGCUGCGGGAGAGGCCUGGACGAUCUCCACGACCUGCUGCAGCACUACGAAGAGUGCCACGUCCGCUUUGAAGACGAAGACGAGGACGUGCCGUCGAUGAUGACGGACGAGGAGCUCGAGGAGACGGCAAGCAUCGCCUCGGAGGCCUCGGCGCCGGCCGCGCCGUCGGGCCCCGUGUCCCCGGUGACCAGCCCGGGGAGCAGCAAGGCGUCGGGCACCGACUCGGACCUCAAGCGCGACCGGCCGCUGAACAAUGGCCCCUCGACGCCGAUGGUCGUGACCUCGGCAGAGAAUCUGGACUCGCCGAGUGCGUUUGACACGGCGGUGAUGCGCUCGCCGUCGACCAACCGCGGCAAAAAGCGCGCUUUUGGCCAGCCCAACAUGGGUAGUGGCAGCGGCGCCAACCCGCUGUACCGCGCGCUGAUCGACGGCGGCAACCGCCAUCCGUUCGGCAUGACGAAUGUAUACUCGCCCGCCUCGCCCUUUUCCACGCCGGGUUCGUCGCGGGCGGGUACGCCAACGCUGGAUUCGGACAGCGAGACGUUCUUUGGCUCUACAACGCAGCCGAGCGUCUUUUCCAACUUGUCGAUCCGCGGGAACAACACCGAGGACCACCAGCUGCCGUCGUGUGCGCCUCCGAAUCUCUUUUUCCCGUCGGCAACGGCGAACCAAGCCGCGCGCCCUGCUAAGCGCGAGCGCUUCAACUCCAACGGCUCCAACGGCAGCGCGCCGUCAGUGGGAAGCAGCGCAUCAAACGUGUCCGCAACCGCCUCGCCGAUGCCGUCCGACUCGAAUGCGAGCGAGCACCGGCCAUACAAGUGCCCUGCACCCGGGUGCGACAAGGCCUACAAACAGAUGAACGGCCUCAAGUACCAUCGCCUUCACGGGCACUGCAACCAAAAUCUGCGCAACGUCAAUAAUGGCCUCGUGCUGCCUUCGGAUGGCGCGCAGAACUCCGCACAGAACACACCGACUCCGAACGGCGACGCAAACAGUGCAGGCGUAGGCGCCACCGACCACAAGCCCGCAGCGGGACAGACACCCGACCUUGCUGCCUUUGGUAUACACAGUACCGGCACCAACGCACCCGAGCCGCAAUCCCGCGAGGCGCCCUCGACGCCGACCAAGCCCGCCGCCACGAGCCAGCCGGAAAAGACGUACGUGUGCCAGGUGGGCAACUGCGACAAGCGCUACAAGAACCUCAACGGUUUGCGCUACCACUACCUGCACUCGGGAUCGCAUGGCCUCCUUGGCCUCCAGCUGCUGCACGCGAAUGGCGGCGGCGCGAGCGCCAAGGCGGAUAGCAUCAGCGGCCGCCCCCCCGUCUCGACCGAGACACUCUCGCGCGAGCAGAUUGUCCAGGCGGCCGCCGCAGCGCAGGCGCUCCUGAACCAGCAGGCGCAGGCACAGUGUGCCAAGAAUGCGCCGAAUGCGGGCGCGCAGCCCAGCUCGGCGGCGUUCCUCGCUGCGGUGAGCAACGGCAAUAUGUCCAUGACCGGCGGAAACGCGCCGUGA